GUGGGGAGCUCCCCGCAUGCCCAGGCCAAGCCCUGAGCGUGCCUUCUACACGUGAGGACAGGAUCGCACCGGAGCAGGUUGCAGUUCACCUGGAGCAAUUAACCUUGCCGCCUCUUUAGCCUUCGCUGUUUGCGGGGUUCGGCUGAGCAGCAUCUGGGCGGGUUGCAGAAGAGGCUGAUUUGGGCCCUGGCAGGUGCUGGGGGGACGCUCGUGGCGUGGGCCACUGUGGGGGACUGUGAAAGCCACGUCCUAGGGUAGCUUCCCUGUGCCUGGUUGCGUGUCACUGAGCUGCUGGGCUGGGAAAGCUGCAGCGGCCCCGGGCCCUGCUCCGGCAGGAACCCUACCCCACAGUCCGCCCCCCCCGCGCCAGGCGGAGCCGCAGCUGUUGGAGCGGGGCGCUGUGUCUCGCGGGGGCGCGAUGACCUUGAGGAGGGGGCGCUGCCGGGCUGGAAGCGGCGGCGGGGCGGGGGGAGGGGAGACCGCUGAGACACCCCGACACGGGCCGGGAGCUGCCCCUCAGCUCUUCAGUCGCCUCCCGCGGCAGCCUCUCUCACGAAUAAGGUCAAGGGGCCGCUGCCCGCCGCCUGAGCCCGGCCCCAGCCCAGCCGCGGCGGCCGCCUCUGACAGAGCAAGAUGGCUCUGAGCGGAGAAGAGGACUACACCUAUAUUUACAACGAUCUUUCUCACCCUGUGGAUUUCCUGCAGGCUUUCAGAACAUUUUACCGGGAUGGCUUAUUUACUGAUAUUACUCUGCAGUGUGCUUCUGGUGUGAUCUUCCUUUGCCACAAAGCUGUUUUAGCUGCUUGUAGCAAUUAUUUUAGGGCAAUGUUCACAGCUGACAUGAAAGAAAAAUCUAAAAAUCAGAUCAAACUUCCUGGGAUCAGCCACACUAUACUGGAGGCUCUUGUGAAUUAUGCAUACACAUCACAAAUCCAAAUAACAGAGAGAAAUGUUCAAAGUCUCCUCCAAGCUGCGGAUCUCCUCCAGUUUGUGUCAGUAAAGAAAGCCUGUGAGCAGUUUCUGGUAAGGCAUGUAGAUACUGUCAACUGCAUAGGGAUGCACUCCUUUGCAGAGUAUCACCUUUGUUCAGAGCUAGAGAAAGAAUCUAGGAGGAUAUUGUUAUCAAGAUUUGAAGAAGUGUGGAGGCAGGAAGAAUUUCUGGAAAUCAGCUAUGAGAAACUCCUAUUUAUUCUCUCCAGAGAGAAUCUCAAUGUUUGGAAAGAAGAGGCAGCCAUAGAACCUGUGGUUAAAUGGAUAGCAUAUGACGUGGAGAAAAGAAUUGAAUGCAUUUUUGAUCUGCUGAACUGCCUCAAAAUAGAUUUAAAUGAAAUAUAUUUAAGAUCAGCCUUAAGCUUGCGAAAAAAAUGCCAGCUUAAUGAAAACAAGAUAAGGUCUCUGAUAUACAGUGCAUUAAACACAAACCCAAAAGACAUUUCCAAAAGGCCCACAGCAGCUAUGUAUGUGAUUGGAGGAUAUUACUGGCAUCCUUUAUCAGAAGUCCAUGUGUGGGAUCCUUUAACUAAUGCUUGGAUCCAGGGAACGGAGAUGCCUGAUCACACAAGGGAGAGCUAUGGGGUCACUAGUUUGGGACCCAACAUUUAUGUAAUGGGGGGCUAUAGAACUGACAACAUAGAAGCCCUUGAUACUGUGUGGAUUUAUAACAGUGAAACUGAUGAAUGGACAGAAGGCUGCCCCAUGCUUAAUACAAGGUACUAUCACUGUGCAGUUACCUUGGGCGGCUGUGUCUAUGCUUUGGGGGGCUACAGAAAAGGGGCUCCAGCACAAGAAGCAGAAUUCUAUGAUCCUUUACAAAAGAAAUGGGUUCCCAUUGCAAACAUGAUCAAAGGUGUUGGAAAUGCCACAGCCUGUGUCCUGUGUGAAGUCAUCUAUGUAAUUGGAGGCCACUAUGGUUACAGGGGAAGCUGCACCUAUGACAAAAUUCAGAGCUAUCAUUCAGGUAGCAAUGAAUGGAGCAUAGUCACUACAAGUCCACAUCCAGAAUAUGGACUGUGUUCCAUUGCCUUACAAAACAAGCUCUAUCUUGUCGGUGGACAAACCGCAAUCACUGACUGCUAUGACCCAGAACAAAAUGAAUGGAGGCAGAUGGCGCAUACGAUGGAAAGAAGGAUGGAGUGUGGUGCAGUUGUCAUGAAUGGAUGCAUCUAUGUAACAGGAGGAUAUUCGUAUUCAAAAGGAACAUAUCUGCAGAGUAUUGAGAAAUAUGAUCCUGAGCAUAAUAAAUGGGAAGUAGUCGGCAAUCUUCCCAGUGCUAUGCGUUCACAUGGUUGUGUCUGUGUGUACAAUGUCUAACACAAUUUGAAUAUCAUAUGUCUGUUGCAAGAGACAAGCAAGUACAGUAUCUGUACCAGUACAGAUUACCUCUUCAGCAAUGUAUUUAAUACAACCCAUCACUCACAUUUAAUAUAAAUCUAUAUACAAACCUGUAUUUAUUAAAAUUCACUUCAUAUAAUAUAAAUGCUGUGACAAUAUUUUUACAUAAUUUCAUUUUCAAAAUAAAUUCACCAGUUAUUGUUUUUCAUAAAGGUUUACAAAUCAUCUUUACAAAAUAUACUUCCAGUGGACAUACAAGGAGUAACGUAAAAGACUAAUUUGUAUUAAUUAACCACUGGAGGGAACCAUGCUCAAGGUUUUGUCGCAUUGCUAGGAGGACUGAAAAACAAAAGACUUUACACUUAUAUGGACUACUUGGGUUUCAAGUGAAACCUUUAAUAAUUUGAAUGUGGCUAUUAACACUUAUUGUUUAGUGACUGUCACAAGCUGAUUGACUUGUUAGGAUAUUUUGCUAGUCCGCUUUCAAAUCCCCAUACAAAACAUAGAUAGAAGGCCUUUGCCCUAGUGCUCUAGAGGUAAAAUAAUGCUCUAUGAUACUAAAGAUUCAAGUUUAAGACAUGUGGUCAUUCCUUUAUUCCUGUACUGAAAAGGAAUUUAGGGAGCAAUGGGAGAGCGCCUCACAUUGCUCCACGAUGGCGUCCUCUCAAGCUGAUUCAGGAAUAUUGUUGAUUGAUUCCAGAUAAUGCUAUAUUCUUGAUUGCAGAAUUGGUUAAGAUACAUGUCUUUUAGAAUGGAAAAGACUGGCAGGGAAUCUAAUGGACUCUUUGAGGUACAAACACCUCUGGUACAGACUAGAAAAACAGAAUUAUAUUUUAUAUAAUUGUUUUCACACCAGGAUCUCCAAAAGCACUAAACCAUGAUUUAGAUACUGGUAGUGCAGUGAGUGAGGCUCAGCAGCCACAGGAACUCAGCAAAAAGUUUAGAGAUAGAAUACUGACCAGGAUACUGGAUUUAUCCUUUACUCCUUUUAGAAGUGUGAUCUGGGAUCUUUAACUUCUGUCUGGAGAGCUGUCUGAGAUGAGCAGAAAAAAAGAUCAGUUUAGAUAUCUGAUAUUGCAUUGUGAUCCCUACAAUGCAGCAGGGUAGUUUCAACACAGCAUAAGGUACUGGUACAGUCCACCUGAAAGAUUUGAAUCCAUGACCUUCUGACUCAGACAUCAUCAGUCGUCUUACAAAUGUUUUGAUGUAUAAAAUGGGCCCUGUCACAUCUCAGGGAGUAUAUACAAGAUGUAACUUUUGUUAAAUUGCAUUUGAUUGACUGUUGAUCAUUUCUUCAGAGGUUUUUAUGGUGUGUUGUUUUUAUGGUGUGCUGUUACUUUUACCAUGGGGAGUUUAAUUUUGCUUCUUUUCCAUGUCAUGCACCCCAAUGUCAUGAUAAUAAUGUAUACAAUAAUUUAAAUAAUAUAUACAAUAAUUUAAAUAAAUACACACCUACCUUACAGGGUAAUUAUUAUCCCCUUUUUUGUUUUCUUUUUAAGUAUCACCACUGUAGUAUCUGGACAUUUUACAAAAAAGAUAAUAUAUCCUUUAGAAAAAAUAAAUCUUCUGCCCAUUCCUUCAAAGCCACUGUCUUAUAGUGAGAACUGUCAGGGAUCUACCAGGGGUUGUUGGAGGAAACACCUGCCUAAACAGGCAUUGAUGAUAUGAGGUAGAUGGAGGGUAAAAGGAAGAAAAAAUGUUCUCCUUAUUUACAAAGAAUUGUAAGUAUAUCCUAGGAGAUUGCAGAGCAUGUAUGCCCCAAAUUUGUAAUUAUUUCCCCUCUAAUCUGUAAAAAUUUUGAAUUAUUAUUUUUUUGCUACCCUUUUUGUAUCAUCCUACUCUGUUUAUUGCAUUAAGCACUAGUAAGCAUGUUGCACUAAACUCUGAGUUUCAAUUUAAAACAGUGUAUUUAUUUACUUUCGUCUUGGUGUUUGCAAACUUCACAUUCUGAGGCUCAUGUGCAUGUAGGGAAUUGUGAGCUGUGCUUAUUUAAAGCCCAGUGGAAAGCUAUUGAAUGAUCUUAAUAUAGUUUGCUUAAAGAACAUAAAAUAUAAAGAGGCCUUGACAACUGAACUGCAUACUGCUUUUGAAUAGGCCAGACAGGUUAGUACAAAGUGGAGUGAAAGGCAAAGACACUAGAAAAAGGAGAUGAGGAGAGAUAAAUCUGCUGUGAGUUUGUUUCUGCCCCCUAUUUUCUUCUCUCCUUCUAUUUGGAAUUAUUCUCUAAGGUAGAGUAUUUUUUAAAAAGUUAAAUGAAAGAUUAAAGAGCAAUAUUACUACAGUAGAAAGCAGUAUCACAGGAUGGCUGGUUGCAGUAAAUGAAGCAGGACAGCCCCCUGUGCCAGAUCAAGUGCUCCCAAUUUGGACCAUUAAGAGGGUGGCCUGGCAUAGCACCUGAAGGUUAUAAAAGAUCAGGGUGGCUCAGCAGCAGAAUGAGACCCAAGGAGGGACAUAGAGCUCAGGAAGUUAGAAAGGAGUGGGUCACUUAAGGGCAGGUGAGAGCAGGGGAACUGUAAGUCAUCAGUGUCUUUGCAGAAGGUGGUAAAAUGUGCUUCUUGGAGGAAGGCAGGAGGCCAGUAAGAGGGUUUUGCUGGCUGGUAUCCCCGAGUCAGAGGACUAGAUGAAGGUUGAAUGCCAGAAAGCAGCAGGGGGAGUUGCCUGCUGGCUCUAUGCUGGAGACUGAAGGCAGUGAAGGAGUUCAUCAGCUGACCUCUCCGGAGCUGGACCCAGAGGAACUGUGAGAAGGCCAGGGGGAGUGAGGGAUGUUCCUUUGGCAAAGAUGCUCCCAGCAGAGAGGAUGUGGGGGUUUCUGCUUGGAUAAGUUGGGUGGUACUUCAGUUGGAAGGGCUGGGAUAACUGUCCUUGUACAAGGAUAGGAGAGGAUUGUGCUGGGGUGUGGUGUGAGAGGCCAAGGCUGUAUGUUUCAUGUGCUGUUUAGACUAUGGUGGGGGAGUUCUGGAGUAUCAAAAGGCUGAUUACAGCAGUUUUUUCAGUCAUCCAAUGCAACAGACUUAAUAUUAAUAGAUUAAUGUGAUGAUUAAGUUAUGAAGCAAUUCUACUGUAUUCAUACCAAGGUAGGGGUUGACUAUAUAACUUCCUGGUUUUAAUAUCCAUAAAAUGGAAAGAAAGGGAAUUGGAAUGAAAUACCUAAGUUGAAUCACUUUUCAAGUUAGUACUCGUAUGUAUAAUAUAUUUUAAUUAUAGGCAAAAUCACUUUGAUAAAUGUGAUACCCAUGGAUUUGGCAAUAUGGAUAUGUCAAACUGAUUUUUUUCUACUAAAUGUAAAACUUAGUGCAAUG